AGUACCGUAACACUCGGAAAGUUUGGCUCCUUCCAGUGCAAUAACCUAAUUGGACAACCUUUUGGUUUAUCAUACGAAAUCUAUGACAGGGAAGGUAACAUCCGCCCUGUACCGAAUUGGGCACUUAGCUCAGAGACUGCAGCAAACAAUCAGAACAUCGUCGACGAUACUUCUGUCCAACUUUUAUCCCAAGAAGAAGUCGAACGGUUAAAAGAAGAAGGCAUGAAGGGCAACAUGGAUGCUGCAGAAAUUAUUCGCAAAAUGAUCGAAUCUCAUACCGAAUUUGACAAAAAGACCGAGUUUUCAAAAGCAAAAUACAUCCAGCGCAAGAUGAUGAAGUUCCUCAAGGUCUUCACACCUGUUCGACCCACCCUUUAUUCUAUAACACAAUACUUCUUUAACAAGAAUCCCGAAAAGAUCAGACAUCUCCGCAUCGACACUCUGUCUCAAUUGCUCAACCAUGCCAACGUACGCGCCAAUGGCAAGAUCCUGGUAGUGGAUGAUACCCAGGGUUUAAUUAUCUCUGCUGUAGCUGAGCGGUUGGGAGGCUAUGGUACUUUAGUUGGUUUGCAUGAUGGAAAGGAUUCGAAUUAUGAUGUCCUGCGUUACAUGAAUUUUUCGAAACACAUCAUGGAUACUGUUCAUACUGUACCAUUUUCAAUGGUCGAUUCUGAAAAGGGCUAUGAAGAAAUAUCAGAAAUGACAGAAGAGGCUUUGCGCUCUUACGAAAGAAAGACAAGGAUGUAUGCUGUUCGGUCAAAAGCUCUCCAGUUACUGGUGGAGGGUGAGUUUGAUGGUCUUAUUAUAUCUUCUUGUUAUAAACCCGAGACUGUGAUCAAGAAGCUGUCAAAAUACAUCCUUGGAUCAAGGCCUGUUGUUGUUUAUAGUUUUCACAAGGAGAUGUUGCUCGAUGCUGCUUAUAUGAUGCGUAAAUCUGGAGAGUUUAUCCAGUCAGAUAUCACUGAGAGCAGUCUUCGAGAAUACCAGGUCUUGCCCGGUCGCACUCACCCACACAUGAUGACAAAUGGCGGUGGCGGUUACCUCUUAACUGGUUUACGUGUAAUUGAUUGUACAUUUGACCAUUCGAUGGUCGUU